AUUGUGUUCCUCAUUGCGAUUCGCAUUGCAGUCGUGCCGGUUCGUAAAUUGACCUUCUUUAGAAAUUUAACUUCAACGUGUGACGCACAGCACACAUAAACAAGGAUUUUUUAACCUGACUUUUGUGAAAUAUUUAAGAUAAACAAUCAACAUGGAAAAACUAGAAGGGUUUGAGUUCUGGAGGAAAACCUUAAAUCAAGCACACCUAGUUGUAGCACCGAUGGUUGAUCAGAGCGAGCUUGCGUGGCGCCUGUUGAGCCGAAGACACGGUGCUCAGCUGUGCUACACACCGAUGCUGCAUGCAUCGGUGUUUAUACGAGAUGCUCAUUAUCGUCGUGAGAAUCUUGUAACUUGUCCGGAGGACAAACCUCUGAUAGUACAGUUUUGUGCAAAUGAUCCCGAGAUAUUUGUGAAAGCGGCCAAGUUAGCAGAACCGUUCUGUGAUGCUAUUGAUCUCAAUCUAGGCUGCCCUCAGUCGAUAGCUAAACGAGGUCAUUACGGAGCAUUCCUUCAGGACGACUGGGAUCUGAUAUCAAGGAUGAUUAAACUAGCCCAUAAGGAGCUAAGUGUACCUAUAACAGCGAAGAUCAGGAUUUUCAAUGACCGUAAGAAGACCGUUGAUUACGCCAAGAUGCUGGUGGAUUCAGGCUGUCAGCUUCUCACGGUGCACGGCAGAACGCGAGAGAUGAAGGGUCCUGUUACUGGAGUUGCAGACUGGAGCGUUAUAAAGGAAGUGAAAGAGGCUGUGUCUGUGCCUGUAUUCUCUAAUGGUAACCUUCAGUACCAUGGUGAUAUAAAAAGGUGUCUGGAUGAAACUGGAGUAGAUGGGGUCAUGUCAGCAGAGGGCAAUCUCUACAACCCAGCAUUAUUUGAAGAUCGAGACCCUCCGGCAUCAUGGGAAAUGUCAGAGGAGUACCUAGCUAUCGUUGAGAAAUACCCAUGCUCUCUUUCCUUCAUUAGAGGUCAUUUAUUUAAACUUUGGCAUAAGAGUCUUGAAGUUCAUAGUGAACUGAGAAUUCAGAUGGCUAGAGCUAAGAGCAUUCCUGCAUUGGCAGAUAUUUGUCGAGACCUAAAAGAAAGGGGAAUGCGGGAUAAACAACUGAUGGAAGAGUCCGCAGAGAAGCAGCAAGUGCCAUACUGGAUUUGCCAGCCUUACGUAAGACCUAGUCCUGAAGUAACCGCACAGAGGAAAUUGGAAGAAUCUCGCAAACGGCCAUUGUUAUCGGAAAUAGGUGGUGACCUGUAUGACCCGACAUUAUCUAGAAAACAAAUGAAACGCCUUGUUAGGCAACCUAAUAAGAACUUCAAGGAAAAAGGAAUGAAAUUCAAGCCCUGCGUAGACUGUGGCAACCCUAAAGGAUUGCGAUGUAUAUUUGAUCUGUGUAAAGCAUGCUGUAAAGGAAAGGCCCAUAAAGCAAUGGUAGACUGUGUUGGUCAUAACUUACUUUUCAAGACAAAAAUGGAAAAACGAUUGAUCUGGGAAGCAAAGCAGAAGUUACUGAACGAACAAAAGGAAGAUUCCAAAGAAACGAACAAUGAAACCCAACAGAACCAUGACAACAAUAGUAAAAAAGAAGAGGUGACAGGGCUAGAAACACAAUUGAACACAGAAACAUUAAAGAAAUAAUGUCUGCAAGUAUGUGAGGAUGACCAGGGUUAACUACAGAUUGUUUUUACAGCGCACAUAGCAACCAAGCAGUCAGAACAAAUAUACCGGUUGUGAAUGAUUGAAGCCCCAUUCGCGGCAAAAUUUCACUAGGGAAAUUAUUAAUUAUUAUUAUUUAAUUAUUAAUUAUUAAUCUUACUAUUCCUAAAGUUUGAGUUUAAAAUUCAAACUGUAAAAGGCAAAAUUUAGCCAUUUUCAAAUGGGAGUUAGUGAAAAUGAAUAGGAAAUUGCCAAAAAUAAAAGCAUUUUUCUCAAAACUGGAUUUAAGAAAGUUGAGAAGAUGACAAUUAUUCUAACGGUCAUAACUUUGCUUCCAGACACCCGAUUGAGUUCAUUUAACUGUCAUUUUAAAGUAAAUGAUAUGUUCUAUAACAAAAACUCAUUUUGGCUUGAGGACGAGUUUACAGCCUGUUUGUGAGCUUGGGAGGAAAAUGUCUUGAUAGACAGUAGUAAACAUAUGUGAUAUAACAUAAUGCACAAAUAGCUUUACCCUAUUUAUUGGAAUAAAAUAUUUUUGUAAGGCGUGUUUAUCAGAGGGAUGUGUGAAAUGUACACAUUAUAUUGUGAGAAAUUAUAAAGUAUGUGUUAUUUUGUAUUUAUUGUGGCUUGUGAGGUGUGAGAAAGGGGGGAUUUAGAUGAUAAACCUGAACAAUAAAAUUCAAUAUUUCUGAUGUUUACUUUAGAGUAUGAAAGUAGAGCAAGAACAUUUUCCUGUCAAAUUUCCAAAUGCAGAAAUAACAUCAUUCCUAUAUUCAAUAUUUGGAUUAUUGUAGUGUCUAAUUUGAUUCUAUUUAAAUGAGAUAUUAGAAUACAUUUUUAAGGUUCCUACAAGCUAUAGCAUGGAAAGAGGACUAAACUGCUCAGCUAUCACUUUAUAAACAUUAAACAAUCAAAGAUGUUGAAUGGAAUUAAGUGAAAUAAAAACCUGACAAUUGCUCAAACUCAAUGUUGUAUUUUUUCUAUUAAACUAAUUUAUAUUAUA